AUGGCUCUUUCAAACAUCCCACACAUCAACCUCCUCUGCAUGGAAGAGCGCUUCAUCCACGCCUUCCACCAGGCUCUAGCCCAACAUUGGCCCGAAACACACACCACCCCCAAACCCACCAUCACCAUCCUCAAUACCUCCCUCCGCCAAGUCCCAUCCAGCACAAAGUUCGACCUGAUCGUCUCACCAGCAAACUCCUACGGCCGACUCGACGGCGCCUUUGACGACGCCAUAUCCCGCGCCUUCUGCCGGCCCCCAAAGCACGAAUACGACACUCUCACCGAGGCAGCGCAGAAAGUCCUCUACGAGAGGUGGAGGGGUUUCGCACCUCCAGGGACAUGUACACUCGUCCCCUUUCCGGAUGAGCUAGUUGGGGAAAAUGAAUGGGGAUGUCGAUGGGUGGCGAUUUGUCCGACGAUGCGGUGGCCACAUCGGGUCAGCUGGGACCGCGAGAUUGUGUAUGAGUGUGUGUGGAGUCUGCUGUGUCAGGUUGAGGGGUGGAAUCGGGGCUGCAAGAACGAGGAGCGCAUUGAGUCCAUUCUGAUCACCCCGAUUGCGACGGGGAUUGGAAAGGUGAGUGCGGCAAAGUGGGCGGAGCAGUUUGUGCUGGCGAUGAGGCAUUUUGUGGAUGCAUUGAGGAGGCCGGAAAGAUGGGGAGCUUUGAGCUGGGGAGAUGUGACUGAGGAGGUUGAGGAGGUGAAGGCGACGUGGGAGUUGUAA